GUUUUUUUUUUUUUUAUGCACCCUGGAAGUGCUGUGUUGUGUCGGGAGUUCUUGAUUUUUAUAUUUCAAGUUUGUUUGGAGCAGAUUAAUCAUCUUGCAGGAGCCGUUCUGUUACAGCAUAUUCUGCCGAGGAUUGUAUUUACGACGCCGGCAAAAUGGGGAAAAGGCAGCACCAAAAAGACAAAAUGUACAUCACGUGUGCAGAGUACACCCAUUUGUACGGAGGAAAGAAAGCAGAAAUUCCCAAGUCCAGUUUCAGACGUUUGCCUUUCGAUCACUGCAGUUUGUCUCUGCAGCCGUUUGAGUACCCCAUGUGCACACCUGAAGGGCAUGUCUUCGACCUCCUGAGUAUAGUUCCAUGGGUUAAGAAGUUUGGAACCAACCCAGCCACUGGCGAGAAACUGGAAGCGAAAUCACUUGUCAAACUGAACUUCUUCAAAAACAAUGAAGGAAAAUACCACUGCCCCGUCCUCUACACAGUGUUCACAGACAACUCUCACAUCGUCGCCAACAUGAAAACUGGAAACGUGUUUUCUCACGAGGCGGUGGAACAGCUCAACAUCAAAACCAAAACUUACAGGGACCUGCUGUCGGACGAACCCUUUGCAAGGAAAGAUCUCAUUACUUUGCAGGAUCCUACAAACCUGGACAAGUUCAACGUGUCAAACUUUUUCCACGUUCAGAACAAUAUGAAAGUUACAGAUCCAGAUGAGGAGAAGGCCAAGCUGCACCCGGAGUACCACCUCAAAACCACCAAUCUGGAGACUCGGGAGACUCUAGCGGAGCUCUAUAAAGACUACAAAGGGGACGAGAUGCUGGCCUCCACCAUGAAGCCUGCCGAGAAGAAGAACACCGACAAACUGAACGCGGCUCACUACUCCACAGGAAAAGUUUCAGCUUCCUUUACCUCCACCGCAAUGACACCUGAAACAAUCCAGGAAGCAGAUGCUGUUGCGGAUGACACUGUGCGUUAUCAGUAUGUAAAGAAGAAAGGAUACGUGCGGCUACACACCAAUAAGGGGGACCUGAAUUUGGAGCUACACUGCGACAUGGUACCGAAAGCCUGUGAAAACUUCAUUAAACUGUGCAAGAAAGAAUACUACGACGGCACCGUCUUUCACAGAUCCAUCCGGAACUUUAUGAUUCAAGGAGGGGAUCCCACGGGAACAGGGACAGGUGGGGAGUCAUUCUGGGGAAAACCUUUCAAAGAUGAAUUCAAACCCAACCUCUCGCACAAGGGCCGCGGGGUCCUCAGCAUGGCAAACUCGGGACCAAAUACCAAUAAAUCACAAUUCUUCAUCACAUUUCGUUCCUGCACCUAUCUGGACAGGAAGCACACAGUGUUUGGGAGAGUGGUUGGGGGUUUUGAAACCGUAACUGCAUUGGAAAACGUGGAGAGUGACCCCAAAACAGACCGCCCAAAGUCGGAGAUUAAACUUCUGAAUGCAACAGUCUUUGUGGAUCCCUAUGAGGAGGCAGAUGCCCAGAUUGCAGCCGAGAGGGAGAAGACUCUUCAGGAGGAGGCAGAGGAGAAAGCCAGAGCGAAUGCCGUCCUUCCAAAGAGCAAGGACAGCCAGGCCCCAAAGACCUACCGGCCCGGCGUGGGCAAAUACAUCAACACAGUUACAACUAAGAGGACGGCCAGUGCCGAGGACAGUGGCCCCUCGACCAGCGGAGCCUCUGCCUCGGCAGCUGCUUCAGCAAGCAAGAAGCUGAAGGGAAAGACGGGCUUCGGGGACUUCAGCUCCUGGUAGAGCAGGGAGAGACUGAAGCACAGUGGCACGCAGGGAGCAGACUGCAACUCGGGGAUAGAGGUGACCAGUAAGAGACCUUUUCUGUAGAAUAAGGUCUAAGAAAAAUAUAGUACUGUUUUUAUUUUCUUUUUUAUUCAUUCUAUGUGCAAAUGAAUAAAAACUUUUUUUGGUUUAUUAAAAUUCACUUUUUCUGCUUGCAAACUGUUUUUUUUGAGGAAAGAUCUAAGAAAAGUGACGUUGAAAAUGACAAUUUCCAGCCACUGUGCUUGUUGAGUCAGACUGUGUUACAUACAGGCCUCCUAACCCUUUUCAAGGCGGUGGUGGUUCAAGCUGCUGCCUGGAGUCCUGGGGGGGGGGGGUCACAGGGCAGCCCUGUUUACAGUGAGUGCUGGUGACAGGAGCGGGGAGCAUCCAGCCCUGCCAGCCCCCCAGGGUAGGGGUCUUUAACAAGGCGUGAAUACCAAGCAGCACAAUGCAAGCCUUCUUUAAUACACUUGUGUUUGUUUGUUUUUUUUUUAAGCAUCCAAGUAUCUCAUUUUGCUCCCAUGAUUUUAAAUCCUUUUUAUUAAAAAAAAAAAAAAAAAGCCCAUUUGAAAUCUGAGUUCACAGUAUGUCUGAGAUUAAAUUUGUAACUUUUACAAAACCUCAGUUUUAGAACCUGUGUAGAUGUCAACAAGAAUAGAUCAUUUAACUGUUCAGUCAUUAAAAAAUACAUUUAUGAAUAUAUCUGUUUUUGUUGUGUACUAGCAGUAAAACAUGUGACCCA